UGAAUGUGAAGUGAGGUGUGGCAUGGGAGAACAAUUAGUAAUAUGUAUGGAACAAAAGGAAAUGCAGAGAGAGAAUGUUAUUGCAUCACUUAAGGCAGAUUUAUGGGAGUCUGAAUCACAGCUUUUAAAUAAGGAACAAUGUAUCUUGUCUCUUAAAGCACAGGGGAUACAAGACAAAUGCAACUGUUACAGGAGUAGUCUAGCACAUGUGUGUCCUUUAGAAGUAGAUGGUAAUGAAAGUCAAACUAUAGAACUAGAUGGACAAACCCCUAACAUUCCUGACAGUUCUUUGUUAACUUUAAACCAGGUCCCCUCUACUCUAACUCCUCAAAAAGAAUGCAGACAAAGUAACCCUCAAUUACAGACUAAAGUAAAUAAUCAUAGUAACUCUGCCCCCCUUACAAUACAAGACCGUAAUAAUUUGUGCCAUAUUUUAGGUCACUUUGAUACCUCCACACCACCUGUAAUCCUUUCUAAUAAGUUAGAAGCUGUUAUUACUCAGUAUAAUUUAGGCAACAGAGAUGCCUGCGCUUUGCUUCGGGCCUGGUUGCCAUCACAAGUAGCUGCACAGCUAAGGGCACCAGUAGGCACCCAUAAAGGAGUGUCUCCUGAUAUUGAUGCAAACUGGGGAAAUUCAGGGGACAGAUUAAAGGAAUUACAGUAUGUUAUGUGUUGUCGUGAUGCCAGAGGUACCAGUGCCAUAGCAAAUGCAAGUUUAAAGGAAGGAGAUGACCCAAUUUUGUUUUGUACUGAGUACCUUGCACUGUAUAAGAUAACUUAUAACUGCCCUAACAUGUCCCCAGAUGAUGCAGAUUUUCUGUAUUCUAUGGCAAAUAAAUGCACGUUAAUUGACAGUAGUACAAGAAUCACUCUUAGAAAUGCCAGCUCCUAUACAAACUUUGUUAAUAUACUUAAAGACUGGUUUAAAGACUCAACGCAUAAGAAUGCUACUCAUAAUAAUAUAUCUAUGCUAACUGAGAGUCAGGGAAAGCAGAGAUUUUUGAGACGUUGUUUUAAAUGUGGAAAGUUUGGGCACAUCAUGAGGGAAUGUGUGACAUCAAUGAGAGAUAUCAGGAAUAAAAAUUACAUUAUGAGGCAGAACAAAAUAUCAUAUUUAAGUAAGGAAGGAAAAUACAGUGCUAUAUUUGAAGGUGAAAAGGAACAGAAUAUAUCUUCUUUAACAAAGAAAGAAAUAAUAGAAGAACCUACUAGGGAGGAAACUUGCAAAGAGCCCCCAUCUAAAAAAGAAGGGACAAAUGUUCCAUUUCAGAUGCCUUACAUAAACUGGCCAUUUUGGGCACUGUUUAAUUAUACACAAUUGGCAAUGCAUCUAUUGAUAUUGAAUUUAGCUCAGCCUGUGUAUAUUGCCAAUUAAUUGCAGAAAUCUGUCUCUAUUCUCUACAUUCUAUUACCAGGUAUUCCAUGUAUAGUGAUGGUAGAUUUUUACUAUAGGCAAGUAGAGAUUUAUUUUGUUUCAUUUAUUUACUUUGUAUUUAUGUCUAUAUUAAUGCUAUGUUUCUUUUUUUAGGGCUAUUACUUGAAGAGAAGUGAACUUUGUACAGUCUACUUCUAGAAAUUAAGAAUUUUGUAAUUGUUUAUUUUUAUUCACAGGUUGUUGCUAUCCAUGAAUAAAAUGUUUAUAGUAUAAAGAAAUGCAUUUCCCCCUUUUUCUUAAAGACCACGUGGUACUUUAUGAUGAGCUCAUCAGUUACAUAAAUGUA